UAUAUGGGCCACGACGGCCUCUGUUUUAGUCAUUCCUCCACCACCACCGUUCAUGGCUACUUUCACUCAAUACGAAUUCCAGACCUCAGACUACUCACCGGAAACUUCAUGUUCGUGGGACGAACUUCUUUUCCAACACAAUGCUCACCCUUUCAAUCAAUUCGAAUCCGACGACAUGUUCCUCCCUGAUAUGUUGGCAGCGGUGGAGAGUGCAGAGUUUCCGAAAUUAAACUCCUCAGCAAUGAAGGAAGAGGUUGUCACUUAUGAGCCGGAGAAGAUGAAGUCGUAUCGAGGUGUGAGGAAGCGGCCAUGGGGGAAGUUCGCAGCGGAGAUAAGGGAUUCCACCAGGAACGGAAUCCGGGUAUGGCUGGGAACAUUUGAUACAGCGGAGGCGGCGGCCAUGGCAUAUGAUCAAGCGGCAUUUUCGACUAGAGGGCCACUGGCGGUGCUGAAUUUUCCGGUGGAGAGAGUUGAGAAAUCGUUGCAGGAGAUGAAAUAUGGAUUAGAAGAAGGGUGUUCCCCUGUUAUGACACUCAAGAAGAGACACUGCUUGAGGAAAAAAACGGUGGCCGGAAAGAAGAAAGCGGUGGCUAUGAAUCUGCCGGAGCAAAAAUCUACCGUAGUUUUAGAGGAUUUGGGUGUCGAUUAUUUAGAGUCGCUACUUCUUCUUGGUGAAUCAUCAACACCACAACUUUAAUUAAAUCAACCCUUUCUUUGUUAGUAUGUUUCUCGAUUUUUGUAGAAAUUUUCUUACAUUCCAACAGGUUGAUUUGGUUGGUUUUCUUAAGGUAAAAAC